AUGCCGGAAGGAAUGGGAAGGAGUGGUAGGGGAAAUGUCUACAUCUUCUCCUCCGGAAACGGCGGAGGAGGCCAGUACCCCGACUCCUGUGCCUUUGAUGGGUUUGUGAACAACCCCUUCAGUCUGGCGUUCGGCUCGGUCUCUGGCACUGGGCGUAGGGCAGCGCACAGCGAGGCCUGCAGCGCACUCAUAGCCAGCGUGUUCGCUGAGGACAGGAACAAUGAUGGGGGGCAGGAAAUGGUCACCACCAAGAUCACGAGUGAGUGCACUGGAGAUUUUUACCAGUCCUCGGCCGGAGCGCCCCUAGCUGGGGGCAUCCUGGCACUUGCUAUCAAUGCAAAUGCUGCCCUGACCUGGCGUGACCUUAAGCACCUGAUUGUCCAGACAUCGCAGCCGGACAGCAGACUGACCAGCCUGGACAGUACUGACUGGAUGACCAAUGCGGCUGGACACAGAGUGAGCAGCUAUUUUGGGUUUGGUCUGCUGGAUGCGUCAAAGCUGGUGGAUGCUGCGAAAACGUGGACCACAGUACCUGGUCUACAGACCUGCGAAAUGGAGCACACACUGGCAGCACCUGGCCUGACGAUCCCCCAGACUGGCAGCCUGACCCUGACCGUGGACUACUCCCCAAGUUCAUGUUCAGGUGUGAACAUCCGGUACCUGGAGGUCGCCGUACUGACCUUGGACUACCACUACCAACGCAGAGGUCAUCUGGAGGGGUCGUUGACCUCUCCCAUGGGCACCACGUCUCUCGUGUUGAGACACAGGGAUGUUGACAUUUUGGCGAGCCCCCCUGUGGAGAACCAGGACUUCAUGAGUGUUCAGUUCUGGGGAGAGAACCCUGUGGGGACAUGGACAUUCGAGCUGAAGAACUUCUACCCGGACUUCCCGGGCAAUGGCACCCUGAAUAAGUGGACCCUGACCUUAUAUGGCACAGAGACGGAUCCGAUGGCGGGGAACACAUUGCCUGUAACACCAGGCACCACCUGUGUGUCUGACUGCUCCAGCGCCAGUCUGGUACUUCCCACGACAGCUGCUACACUCGUGUCCUCUACUCUGCUGACUAGUUCUGCCGUGGGUGCUGUUAGCUGGGGCAGUCCUCUCUCAGGGGCUAAACUACUGGGGCUCCUGGUGGCUGCUGUCUACCUCCUGUUGUAAAUAUAAGGAGCCUGGUAUUUAAGGGUUGUCAUCGUCAAUUACUCGAACAUUUUACUAUUUAAGGCUAUAUAUGGUCACAUUCAAGAUGAAAUUUCACACUUGAAGUCCCCAAAUACCUAUUUUUGAAAGACGUAAUCUAGCAGAAUUAUGCUAGAUUACGUCUUUGAUACGAGAAUUUUUACACAGAAAGGCUUUCCUGUCACUUCCUGUUGAUUUUAAGGAGCUAGUGAAGAAAUGAAAGUCUUAUCAUGUAAAUUUAUUUUUAAGCUGUACAAAGAUACUUUUACCCAACACUGUUCUGUCUUUGACAGAAGAUGAAGAAGGUGAAGACAAAGAAAAAGAAAAAGAAGAGGAGAGGGAAGAGAAAGAGGAAACUGAGGAAAAACCGAAGAAAACAUCCUUAGACUAGCCCCUUUCUGCACAAAGCUGUGCGGCCCAAGAAAUUGAUAUGGGUGCCGCCCUAUGCACCAUGUGGUGUAGACCACUGUGAACAUAGUGCCUUCGAUCUUAUGUACCAAUAUGAGAGCUCAGGAAAGCUUGUUUUUGAUUGUUGCAAAAAAAUAAUACCAAGAGAACAACGUUGUCCAUUAUAGCAGACUUUGUUAGUUUUUUUUCAACAAUAUAUUAAGUGUGUGACACAUGUGAAGGCUGUGCCUUAGUAUUAUAAAGUAGUAAUAGUCGAUAUUUAAAGUUUUUAUCAAUAAUUUUUUUUGUUUUAAAAGAGGAAAAUUAAUAUGCUAGAAAUUAGGACAAAUUUAGAUUGGUAUUGGUAACACAAAAAUUGAUCUUUUACCUGUAUAUUUAGACAUUACGUUUCUAAUAUUUGUAGAUCUUACGGAACAAAAAUUGUCCUUUUUUCUUCUUCUUUGUGAGUUAUGGUGAGUUAUGAUUUUGUUUGUAUGUUUGUAUUGGUGUUUUAUGCCCUGUAAACCUGCUCAAUGUGUAACUCACCAGGUUUGUACUAA